CGGCUUGCCCUUUAAAAGAGGCGGGCCUGCGCCAAUCUCGCCACACGGGGACCAGGACACACCGCUGCUUUCCUGGAGCAUCUUUGUCUCACCUUCCAUUCACAUCCCGUUGCACGGGUCCAUCCUCUUCGCGCAGAUUCGGGAGAAUCGGGUCAUGCAGCCGGCAGUGCUUCUCGGCCUCCUGGGAGCAGCGUUGGUGGCUGCUGUCAGUUCUAUGCCAGUGGAUAACAGGAACCACAAUGAAGAAGUGGUGACUCGCUGCAUCAUCGAGGUCCUCUCAAAUGCGCUGUCGAAGUCCAAUGCUCCACCCAUCACUCCUGAGUGCCGACAAGUCCUGAAUAAGAGUGGAAAAGACACCAAAGAGAAAGAGAAAAGUGAAAAUGAAAACACAAGGUUUGAAGUAAGAUUGUUAAGAGACCCAGCUGACGUCUCAGAAGCCCACAACCCCUCCAAUAGAGAGGAAGGAGGAAGCCCAGAGGAAGGGGACACCCAAGACCCAACACCAACAGAGGGAGGUGGGCACAGUCGAGAGGAAAUAGGCGGGCCCCAGGGGAGCUUCUAUGCCUCUGACAAUCAAAUCACCAAAGAAGCAAAGACACACCAUUCUGAGAAGAGCUUGGAAGAGGACAGGGAGCAGGAGGGAGAGAACUAUCAGAAAAAGGAGCGUGGAGAAGAUGACAGUGAAGAGAACCACCUUGAAGAGCCGGGAGAGACACAAAACACUUUUCUCAACAAAAGAAACCAGGCUACAGCUAAGAACAAAGAAUUAGUGUCCAGGUAUGACACACACUCUUCUAUGCUUUCUGAGGAAAAGACACACAGCCAGGAGAGGAGUAGCCAGGAGAGUGAAGAGGAGACAAGAAGCCAAGAGAAACACCCCCAAGAGUCUGAAAGUCAACCUGGGAGCGAAGAAGAAUCUGAGGAAAGUGAGGAAGGGGCCAGUCCUGAAGUAGACAAAAGACGCUUAAGACACCACCAUGGAAGGAGCAGACCUAACAGGUUCUCUCUAGGAGGGAAUCCUCCCUCCAAGGAAAGGAGACACCCUCUUGAGGAAUCUGGGGAGUUGAACGUGGUCUUGACCAAAGUAGGGAACAAGAGGGACCACCAUCCAGCCCACUACAGAGCUUCAGAGGAAGAACCUGAAUAUGGAGAAGAAGUGAGGAGUUACACAGCUGUCCAGUCUCCUGAGGACCUACAGAGGGGACACUAUGGGGUGAGAGGAAGUGAGGAGUACAGAGUUCUGAGGCCUGCUGGUCAAGAGAAUGAGGAAGAGGAGGAUAAGAGCAACUACGUCAGCUCAGAGCUCGAUAAAAUGGCACACACAUACAGUGAAGAAAGUGAGGAGGCGAGGGCUCGUGAGGGAGGGCGCCUGUACAGAGCUGGGGGUGGUGAGCCAGGUAUCUAUUCCAUGCCAGAUAAUAAAGAAGAGAAAAGGUUCUUGGGUGGAGGAUACCAUCAUGCUCAAGAAAGCCAGAUGGAUAAGGCAAGGAGGUAUCCACAAGAUGAAUGGAAAAAGCAAAUCAGAAAUUACUUCAACUAUGGUAAGGAACUGGGUGAGGAAGGAGCCCAAGCAAAAUGGCAGCAGGAGGAGGACCUGCAGGACAGGCUGGAGGACUGGGAAGAAGCUAGAUCUCAAGAUGAACAGUACGCUCCCCAUCACAUCACUGAGAAGAGAAGGCGGCUGGGAGAGCUGCUCAGCCCAUACUAUAAUCCUCCCCAGUGGAGGGGCAGCCAUUUUGAGAGAAAAGACAACAUGGAUGACAACUUUCUUCAGGAUGAAGAGGAAAACGGGCUGACCUUGAAUGAGAAGAAUUUCUUCCCAGAAUACAACUAUGACUGGUGGGAGAAAAAGCCUUUUGAGGAGGAUGUGAACUGGGGAUACGAGAAGAGAAACCUGGCCCCAAGGUUGGAUCUGAAGAGGCAGUAUGACCGAGUGGCUGAACUGGACCAGCUCCUGCACUACCGGAAGAAGUCAGCUGAAUUCCCAGACUUCUAUGACUCUGAGGAGCAGAUAAUUCCUCACCACUUGACAGAAGAUGAAAAGGACAGAGCUGGUCAGAGAGUUCUGACAGAGGAAGAGGAAAAAGAACUUGAAAACUUAGCUGCAAUGGAUUUGGAACUGCAAAAGAUCGCUGAGAAGUUCAGUGGUAAACGAAGGGGCUGAUGGCUGAUGGCUGGGGGAGCAAAGGGCACUUUUAAAAGCUGCCCUCACUAUAUCUGUUCCCACUCCUUCUCUAAAAGACACCAUUUAUUUACUCAAAGGCUGAAUGUAGAAUUUACUAAUGUCUGAUGCAAUUGGAAAUGUUUUUAUUGUUGCCAGAAUGCUAUUGGAAAUAGGAAUAGCAUGGCUUGUAGCAUAUCCUUCCUUGCAAAAUAGACAUAUUAACAUGCUUGUGACGAUGACUGUGCAGCUGUCCUUGAAAACCUGUCUCAGUUUGAAAUAAAAGAUUUACCUGAGGCCAAAA